GAGAGAGAGAGAGAGAAAAAUGAUGCUCGCACCUCGGCCAUGGCCGACAGUAUUUCCUUCUCCUGCUAAAGUUAGCGGAGGUUUGAGCAGACCACCAUACCUCUCCCAAAGUGCUGCUUUCGGUCACAAUAUUUUCUCCUACUAUAACUUUAGUAGCAGAGCUCCUUCCAAGUGUUUUUGCACUGAAAAUCAAAAGGAAAAUGAAGAUUUUGAGGGAUUUUGUGUGCUCUCCUCCCCCGAUGCUCCAUGGGACAGUGGGAGCAUCUGGAGCACUAUGGCUUUGUACUUCUUCAGUGUUCACAUUCCUUUAAGUUUUGGUGGGUUGUCUGUUGUUGCUGAAAUAAUGCAUCAGCCUGUUCUUGAUCCACAAACAAAGGCAACAUCACUACUGCUGAUAGAAAGUAUGGAGUUUUGGGGGGCUCUAGUUCUAUUAACGUACACAGCGAAGCCACAAUAUAAGCUUUCAGAUUUGUUUGAAGCUGUCAAGUUUCCAAAACAAAGAAACUGGGUACAUGCAUCAGUCAUGGGAUUUGGUUUUCUUAUUUUGUUAGUUUUGCUGACAUCUGUCCUUGCUGACAAGAUAAUUGGGCCCAAGGUUCUGAACAACUCCAUUCUUCAGGAGAUCCUUUCGAGUGGAUCCAUAUCAAGAAUGGAAUGCUUCCUUAUCUAUUGUUUGAUCGCUCCUCUACUUGAAGAAACUGUCUACAGGGGAUUCCUAUUGAGGUCCCUCAGUACAACGAUGAAAUGGCAUCACGCUGUCAUUGUGAGCUCUUGCAUUUUCAGUGCAGCACACUUCUCUGCUGCAAAUUCUCUACAGUUAUUCCUCAUUGGGUGUAUCCUUGGGUGCUCCUAUUGUUGGAGUGGAAACUUGAGCUCCUCUUUGGUCAUACAUUCCCUGUACAAUGCUGCAACUCUGAUGGUAACCAUUUUAUCUUAAAGAGUAGAACAGAGAAAAUGUCAAGUUUAACGAUU